AUGGCGAUUAGCAUCCCUGGAGUACGCAACGGUGUUACUAAUCAUGACUGUGAUACCCAGGCCUUCGAGAAUGCGUCCACCAAUGUUGCAGCCUCCCAGAUGCACAACGCCCUCAAUGCGCUGGCCGAUACCGUGACGGAUCCCAAGGAGAAGAAGCGUUUCGAGGCAGAGAUGGAUAACUUCUUUUCGCUCUUCCGACGGUAUCUGAAUGACAAGGCCAAGGGCAAUGUGUUGUCGUGGGAUUCCAUCGCGCCACCGCAACCCGGCCAAGUCGUCGAGUACAGCAACCUAGGCAAUUCCGCCUCCGUCAACUUCUUGAAAAAGCUGGCUGUGAUCAAGCUGAACGGAGGCCUCGGCACUUCCAUGGGCUGCGUUGGGCCUAAGUCUGUUAUCGAGGUCAGAGACGGCAUGUCCUUUUUGGACCUGGCUGUCCGGCAAAUCGAAUACCUGAACCGCACCUACGACGUGAGCGUGCCUUUUGUGCUCAUGAACUCCUUCAACACCGACGAGGACACCCAAUCGAUCAUCAAGAAGUACGAAGGACACAAUAUUGACAUCUUGACCUUCAACCAAUCGAGAUACCCCCGUAUCCUGAGAGAUUCCCUCCUUCCCGCCCCCAAGACCUACCAGUCCCCCAUCACUGACUGGUACCCCCCCGGCCACGGGGACGUCUUCGAGUCACUCUACAACUCCGGAACCUUGGACAAACUCUUGGAUCGAGGGGUGGAGAUUGUCUUCCUUUCCAACGCAGACAACUUGGGUGCUGUGGUCGAUAUGCGCAUUCUGGAACACAUGGUGAAGAACAAGGCGGAAUAUAUCAUGGAGUUGACAGACAAGACCAAGGCUGACGUAAAGGGUGGCACCAUCAUUGAUUACGAGGGCCGGGCCCGCCUGCUCGAGAUUGCUCAGGUACCCAAGGAGCACGUGAAUGAAUUCAAAUCGAUCAAGAAGUUCAAGUACUUCAACACCAACAAUAUCUGGAUGGAUCUGCGCGCUAUCAAGCGCGUCGUCGAGAACAACGAACUGGAGAUGGAAAUCAUCCCCAACGAAAAGUCCAUCCCAGCAGACCGCAAGGGCGAGGCGGACAUCUCCAUCAUCCAGCUUGAAACCGCCGUUGGCGCCGCCAUCCGACAUUUCAAGAACGCCCACGGGGUCAACGUCCCACGCCGCCGUUUCCUGCCCGUGAAGACCUGCUCCGAUCUCAUGCUCGUCAAGUCUGACCUGUACACCCUCAAACAUGGCCAAUUGGUCAUCGACCCCAACCGGUUCGGAGGCACCCCGCUGAUCAAGCUCGGCAGAGAUUUCAAGAAAGUCUCCGAUUUCCAGAAGCGGAUUCCCAGCAUUCCUCGAAUCCUCGAGCUUGACCACCUCACCAUUAGCGGUGUGGUUAAUCUUGGCCGCGGGGUUAUAUUGAAAGGGACUGUUAUCAUCGUUGCCACCGAAGGCAGCACUAUUGACAUCCCGCCUGGCUCAGUUCUGGAGAACGUUGUUGUGCAGGGGAGCUUGCGGAUCCUGGAGCAUUAA